CGGGCACCGAGUCGUCUGGCAAGGCAGCGGGCUCUGAGUCAACUGGCAUGACAGCGGGCACCGGGUCAUCAGGUACCGGAUUGUCUGGCUCGACAGCGGGCAUCGGGUCACCAGGUAUGACAGCGGGCACUGGGUCACCAGGCAUCAGGUCAUUUGGCUCGCCAGCGGGUACCGCGUCAUCUGGCAAGGCAGUGGGCACCGAGUCACCAGGUACCGGAUCAUCUGGAUCAACAGCGGGCAUCGAGUCAACUGGCCUAAUACUCGCAUCCGGCAUCAGGCUGAAGAGAGGCAUCAGGCUGAAGAGGCUU